AUGGUCCCACGCCACGGGCUACGAGGUCGAGCUGGUCGCUUGCCCGCCCCAGUGCUGCCUACCACUACUCAUGCUCCUGCUCUCCGGCGCUUCACAUCGUCUCGGAUACAAUGGAAGAAGGACACCUCUUUGAGGAAUUCUAUCAGACCGUUUGCUCCUCGCUCUUCCCAUGCAACAACGCCAAAGUCGAAAACGAACGAUCUCGAGACCGCCGACGCAAUAUUUAGAUCCAGAAAAACGUCUCUUUUGGCUUGUGGCAUAGUUGCGUUGGGUAUGGGCGUUUAUGUCAGCACCAUGCUCACUUCAUGUUGGCUUUCCUCUGGCCGUCAAGGCCCAGAACCUGCUACAGACGCGUGUGCGCCGGGCCAGAUUGCCGUGUUCACGGAAGAAUCAGCUCGAAGAUUUGAUGAGUACCUCGAUGGGUCGGAAUGGAUGAUGGGGGUUACAUCUUUAAGGCAGAAACUAGCCGCUGAAGCCUCGGGGCAUGUCCUGGAAGUCGCAAUGGGUACUGGCCGCAAUCUGCCCUUCUACAAUUGGAGCCACGUCGUUCAACAACCCAAAUCCGCAACCACGAACGAUCAAAAAAAAGGGAUCACGACACCUGCGACCAUUUUGUCCUUUACGGGUGUGGACAUUUCCAAAGAAAUGUUGACGGUCGCUUUGGAUAAAGUAUCCGAAGCUGUCCCCGACCUGAAGGGCGUCGCACCAUCAAUUGAAACGCAACAGUUGACUCAAGAUGGAUAUAGUGUCUUCUCCUAUUUAUCGGGCAGACUACGAUUCUUUCGCUCUGACGUACAUAUGUUUGUGCCUGCCCCUAUACAAGGUACGGCGGAAACAGCCAAGUACGACACUGUCGUUCAGACGUUUGGCCUUUGCAGUGUGCGAGACCCGGAGAAAGUGAUCAGAACUUUGGCCGGUAUGGUGAAACCAAACACUGGGAAGAUCAUUCUUGUUGAGCAUGGGAGGGGGUCGUGGGGCAUCGUCAAUGGCCUACUAGACAGGUCAGCACCAGCCCACUUUCAGAAGUACGGAUGCUGGUGGAAUCGAGAUAUUGCCGAAAUCGUCCAUAACGCCGCUCAAUCCACGCCCGGCCUUGAGGUCGUCAAGAUCGAGCGCCCUUACCUGACCCAACUGGGAACCACUUUAUGGAUUGAACUGAGAGUCAAGAACACCUGUUGA